CCCAAGGCUGCCGAUCAGGUGUCGCUGGUGAUUCUUAAAAACUGUCGGGUCGGCCAGCCUUUCGCUUUUUCUGUUAUCUUCAUCCUCUCGCCAUCUGUCUCUACUGUCGCUUCAACUCCUAACUUCACCGAAACAAUCCCCUCCGACAUCUGGGGAAGCCUCCGACUACUACUCCGUAUCUACCUUCACGACAUUCGAUCCACUCCGCCAAAAUGGGUAAAGCCGGUCGCAUCUUCUGCAUAUUCACUCCCUAUGUACUCACCAUCGCCUCGUUGAUAUGCAUCAUCAUGGUUGGGUUGGGAUGCACGAAUUCCGGCUCCAACAACCUCAAUGAGCUCUAUUUCUUCCGAGCCAACUUGGAAAACAUGACGACAUCCGCCACGACAGACUCCAAAGUCUCCGACGCGCUCGAAAAGGCGCACCUGAAGGUGAACGACGGCGACAUCAAGUCCGCCCUGGAACAGGUGCAGAAGCAGUUCGGCAUCUCUGAUUUCUACACGGUCGGCCUGUGGGGAUACUGCGAUGGCAACGUCACCGACAGCAACGAGUACAAGGUCGAGGAGUGCUCCAAGCCCAAGGCCCAGUUCUACUUCGACCCCUUGAAGGUCUGGAACUUGGAGGACUCCGGUCUCGACAACGCCCUGCCCGACGGCAUGAGCAAGGCUUUGAACAUCUACAAGAACGUCUCCAAGUGGAUGUUCGUCGCCUACAUCGUCGCUUUCGUCGCCACCGUCGUCGAGCUGAUUGUCGGAGUCUUUGCCGUCUGCAGUCGCUGGGGCAGCUGCGUGACUACCCUAGUCUCCGGAGUCGCUUUCCUCUUCACCACUGCCGCUUCGGUUACUGCGACCGCGAUGUUUGCGACCGUCACCGGUACUUUCAACGAGAACCUGAAGGACUACGGCAUCAAGGGUAACAUGGGCAAGAACAUCUACGUGGCGACCUGGUUGGCCGUUGCCUUUUCCCUGGGUGCCGGUCUGUUCUGGAUGAUUAGCUCGUGCUGCUGCUCCGGAAAGUCGCCGUACAACCACAAGAACAAGGGUGCUGCCCGUGGCGUGACCGCCGAGAAGGCCCCCUACACCUACGAGCCCCUUGGCCCCUACGGAACGCCCGCCCCUUACGGCAACACCUCCUAUCCUUCUGCCGCCGGCAACGUCCCCGUCCAGACGCGCACUAACGCCUACGAGCCUUUCCGUCAUGUUUAAAUGACCAGGCUUGUUUCAAAACACCAACAAAAAACCAAUAAACAAACAAAAAAACACAGGGCAUCCUUGGCGUUUGUCUUUAAAGCGAACAAUCACACGAUUGGUCUUGCACAUCAACUCCGACCUCACAUACCUUUACCCCUAACCUCCUGAGAUGACCCUCUUAAU